CACUAGUUCAUUAUGUAGAUUUCUUUUUUUAAUUGUAUUUUACCAAAGUUAUAAAAGAAACCAAGAUCACAUGUCCAUUUUAUUUAUUUAUUAAUUAUUUUUCUAUAAUAUUGCCCAAGAAAAGUAAAGAAGCCUUUGACAAGCUCUAUGUAGUUAUAGUCGUGCGUGGCAAAAUAAAUGCAAGAAUGGUGCAAACGUGAAAACGGAUUUAUAAAAAUGAGCAUUAGGAAGAAAAAUGUUUGCGUCGUCGUGCUCGGCGAUAUAGGCAGAAGCCCGAGAAUGCAGUAUCAUUCUCUUUCCCUUGCUGAAAACGGACACUUCGUGGAUGUUAUAGGAUAUGGUGAAACCCAACCCAUGGAUUCCAUCAAGUUAAAUCCGUUUGUGUAUUACCACUAUAUGUUUCCAGUGCCUCAAAUCCCCCUAAAAUUGUUAAAUUACGCAUUUAAAACGAUUUUCCAAGCUUUAAAUUUAUUAUUUUUGUUAUUCACCAUAAGAAAGCCCCAUAUUGUAUUAGUACAAAAUCCACCUGCGAUUCCUUCAUUAUUGCUGUGUUGGUUAUAUUGUAAAAUUGCUCGUUCCAAAUUUGUGAUCGACUGGCAUAAUUAUGCCCACACUAUAAUGGCGUUGAAUUUGUCUAAGCAAAACACUUUGGUUAAGUUGACUGAAAAAUGUGAAGCAUUUGUUGGUUCUAGAGCUGACUGCAAUUUUUGCGUCACAAACGAAAUGAGACUAGAUCUUGCGAAACAAUGGAAUGUGAAGGCAGUAACCCUUUAUGAUAAACCUCCUCUAAUGUUUAAGCCUAUUAAUUUGAAAGAUAAACAUGAAUUUCUUUUGAGACUUGGAAAACUGUAUCCAAAUAUUUUAGACAAAGAAAAUUCUACAGUUUUCACAGAAAAACUCAAAGGGGAGGUUUUGUUGAAAGUAAAUCGGCCUGGAUUUUUGGUUUCCAGCACCAGUUGGACAGAAGAUGAGGAUUUUUCUGUAUUAUUUUCUGCCUUUGAAGAAUUUGAAAACCAUCAUUUAAAUGGCAACCAAAAAAAACUGCCUGAUUUGAUAUGCUUUAUUACUGGCAAAGGACAUUUAAAAGAUUUUUAUACUAAAAAAAUAGAAGAGCAAAAUUGGAAACAUGUUAAGGUAAUAACACCAUGGCUAGAAUCCAGUGACUAUCCUCUGUUGCUGGCCUGUGCUGAUUUGGGUGUCAGUUUACAUACAAGUUCAAGCGGUCUGGACUUACCAAUGAAAGUUGUUGACAUGUUUGGCUGUGGUUUGCCAGUAUUUGCAUACAAUUUCAAAUGUUUAAGUGAAUUAGUUGUGGAUGGGGAAAAUGGCUAUACAUUUCAAACAGUUAAGGAAUUGUGUGAUAAAUUGUUAAACUGGUUCGAGGAAUUCCCUAUGAAUCGGAAGCAAAUAGAUAUUAGGAACAAAUUUACAGCUAAUCUGGAAGUGUUUCAGAAAAAUCGAUGGGCUGAAAAUUGGCAACAAAUUGCUUAUCCAUUUUUUAGAUGAUUUGUGCAUAAUUGCUGUGCAUUUUUAAUAAAUCUACAACAGUAAUAGAUGGCUGGUUGUUUUGUUUUAACAUUUACAAAGUUGACCAAAUGAUUUGACUACAUAAUUUUGUUUUCUUAAUC